CGACUCUGAUUGCCACCUCACUCCGCCCAUCGUUGGUUCGUUGGAACCCGAGCAUCAUUCUUCUUUUCUUGUGAUUUCGAAGUACGGUUUACUCGCAUUAGGUAUCUGCAUGGCAUAGCUACACUUCCGUCCACGAUGUCGUUGCGCAAGGACCAGCUGGAGAUCCAACUCAAGGAAGAGCAUCAACUGAUACAGGAGGGUAAGCUCCGAGAUGAAAGCCCACUGGACCUCAGCCAGGAAUUCUAUGAUCUGUGCUAUGCUUGUCGCAUUGGGGACUUGAAAGGCUGCCAGGAAGCUAUUACGAAGGGGGUCAAUAUCAACGCGCGAGAUGCUUUCGAUUACACUCCAUUGAUAUUGGUGCGUUAUGGUGGUGUCUUCUUGGGAAAUCGAGUGGGUGGAGAAGGUCGAGUAGGUACUGACCUGGGCAGGCCUCCCUCUGUGGAAACUAUGAAACCGUUCAGCUCCUUCUAGAAUCAGGAGCACUCUGCGAGCGGGAUACCUUCCAAGGGGAACGAUGUCUUUAUAAUGCCUUAAAUAAUAGAAUUCGUCAGGUGUGCAACUGGCUAUCAUAGCAACCUCCCACUCGCAGAAAUAAAUACAAUAUGAACGCUAACUCAUCGACAAGCUUCUUCUGAGUUAUGACUACAGCAAAAGCUUCGAUCCCCUUCAGCCAUUUGCCUCGCAUAUUACCUCCCUCCUCGCUAGACAAAAACCGAAAACCUCGGAUAUAUCUCUGACGGCUGGUUCAGAAGCGUGGAAUUUACACAAGUUUAUUCUCUCGGCUCGCUCACCAUACUUUGCAAAGAAGCUUUCAAACGCCCCAGAAACCACAGUAUGGAAGCUACCGAACACUAUUCCCUCGGAAGCUUUUCAUAUCGCUCUAAGAUACCUGUAUUUGGGAGGCGUGCCAUUAGAUCUGGGGCUUAGCGGAAAAGGAUUUGUAACAGAGGAUGAUGUUUUCAAGGGUAUCGAUAAAGUCAGCAAACAGCUGGAAAUUGAAUCGCUCGUGGAAGGUAUACUAGCAGGAGGCGAUAGGCGGUUAGCAAGACAGCGCCACCAGGAUGAGAUGAUUAGAGCAUCGAAGCAGAUUGAGGAUUGGUACCGUGGACACGUGCUGAAACAUAAAUUGGUUGUUGACUCAAGCAAGGCUCGAGACGUCAAGUGGACAAGAGACAAUAGUAUAUUUGCCGAUGUGCUGCUUUGCGCAAGUGAAGACGGCGAGGCAGAUGAUGCAGAUCCAGAGUCUGCCCUGGCGUCCCCUAAGACUGGGGAAUCAACGAUUCCAUUCAUUGGGAUCCCAAUUGGGCCUGCUUCGACCUCUCGGUCCCCAUCCCCUUCAAGGCCCCCAAGGAAGCCCAAGAAAUCAGUUUUGUUUCCAGUGCAUCGAGCGAUGCUUCUUCGUUCCGAAUAUUUUCAAACAAUGUUCACGUCUGAUUUUCAAGAGGCGCAAAUUGGAGAGUUUUUAAACGUUGUUCCGGUCGCGUGUACGCCGGAUGUCCUCCAAAUUGUUUUGACCUUUUUAUACACCGAGAAAGCCGAUAUUCCCAUCGAAUUAGCCCUCGAUGUUCUCUUUGCUGCCGAUAUGCUCUUCAUUGAAGCAUUGAAAACAAAGGCAGCUGUUGUUAUCAGUACCUUGGGCAACGGCACAGUCAAAUCGACCGACAAUGAGACUUCCGAGGAAGUAGAAGUUGAACCAAUCAACGUGUAUGAUGUGAUUCGUGCAGGUUGGUUUUUGAAGAUACAGAGACUGGAGCAUUUCAGCGCACGGUAUCUUGCAUACCGCCUUGAGGACUACAUUGAUGAAGAGGAUUUUGAAGAACUUAUCAGGGAGAGUGCUUCGCGAAUUGAAAACAGACAGGAGACUGAUACUAUUGAGUUGCUUGAUGAGUAUGUUUACUUUUUACAUUACUUUCGACCAAAACAACUAAUUCAAUGAUAGUAUCCGCCAUUACUUGUCAGAACGUUUUAGACUUGGGUUCGAAGAUUCAGGUCUGGAAGAAAUCAUGGACGAAAAUGGGGAGGUCGCUCAAGACGAUGGAUCGAAACCAACCAGUACCGAUGUCUUGACAGAUGAGGCAAUCGAUAUGAACAUUCCUCAACCACCUGCCGUAAUGGACGAUCAUAACCUGGCAUCCCCUUCUUUUGCGGGUGGUGUCAAGACUCUUGAUGGCAGGAUUGCUGAGGAUGAACUUGAGAAAGAUGCACUCAACCACCAAAUUUUACUGAACAAAAUCGACCUUUUGUUAGAUCGUCUGAAACUAGAUGCUUAG